AUGGCAGCAGUUUUACAGAUCAAAGUGUUGCAACCGAAAUCGUACUUUAUUUUGUACAUUUAUUUGUUAUUUGUGUUUGAAAUCGCCUAUAAAAACUUUAAACAAUGGUCCUUAAAAAAAGGUGGAGAAAUCGUCGGAAAACGUUCUUAUAGCGUAUUUCGAAGACAGGUCCCAAAGCGCAAAAUCCUCAACAUUGUGGUCAAGUUAAAGGCCACAAUUAAUAUUAAUGAAAACAUCUUUAUUAAGCAGUAUUCAAAAUUAGUGUCUUUUCUCAAGAAGAAGUCGGUUGGAUAUCGAGCAAAAAAGUCGAAAGUUCUCACAAGGGAUGAUGUGCAACGGUUUUUGGGUGAAGCAGACGACGAAAAUUAUCUGCUGAUGAAGGUAGCGCUAAUAUUCGGAAUAUUGGGAGCAAUGAGGCGAGACGAAUUGACGAAAUUAACUGUGGACAAUUUCGAAGACAGGAGUUUAAUUUUGGUAGUGAAAAUACCAGAUUCGAAAACUUAUUCAGAAAGAACAUUCACUAUUACUUAUUUGGAGAUGCUAACCAGUAUGCCGGCCAUUGUUUCCGAAGAACUUCGGCCACCCUUCUGGCUGAUUCUAGUGCCAAUAUCGUAGAAAUAAGACGGCAUGGGGGAUGGAAGUCGACGACAGUAGUCGAGAGCUACAUCGAAUAUUCAAUCCAGCAAAAGAAUAAAAUAUCCGAUAAAAUAUUGGAUGUCGAAAUUUCGAAAACUCUUGGAGAAGUAGAAAAUACUCGAGAAAAUAAUAAUAAGAAA